ACUUGAUGUUAUACAAUUUUCGAGUAUAAAAUCUUCAACCAACCUGUACGGGCAUGUACGCAUGUAUAUGGUAUAUACUAUAAUGUAUUGUACCUGCAGAUUUCUUAUUAUAUAUUUUUAAUUAACGAUUUUUCGAUACACAUAUUUUUUAUAAUAAAUGUUUAUAAUAUUAUAAGCUUCCAGAAAUAGUAAAGAACAACUCCAUGAGAUUGUGAGAUCCUAUAUAUAUAUAUAUAAUCACUCGUGUACAAACUUUUGUUUGUCUGCUGUUUCAAUAGGGGUUUUCGACCAACUGCAGGGUAUGAUAAUAAAAUACAUCUAUGUCGUAGACCAUUUGAGAAUUAAUAGUAAUUUUGCAAAGAGGUAGACAGAUUAAAUUUUGCAGCUGAAUUUUACGCUUAUUUCAAACAAAUCGGCGGAAAAGAAUACAUAUAGGUACAUGUGAGGGGCAAUCAUUGCAAAGAUUCUUGCAGGAUUAAGACCGGACCGGCCAAAGUCUCGAUAGUUUUGUUACGUAGCGUAAAGGCAAAAACCAUAUUUUUCGACAGACUAUAAUAUAACCUCUGGAAAAUUUUUAGUUCGCCACGCCACUGAAACCAUCUAAAUAUUGAACACCCACGCGGGUUUAAAACACACUUUAAAAAUGUCCCGACCGUCGCUCACAGCAAAGUUCGACCGUGUACCAUAUUAUACACAUCCACCGACGUACCCUGCGUACGCACCCACCCCGCUUUAACAUACACGGCAGUGUUUAUGUGCCGGUCCAAGAUUGAAUUCCAUAAAAAACGAGAGACGCCGUAAAAAUAUGACGCUUUAUAUAAUAAUAUAAUAUUAUAAGCGCUUUUUCCCCGCGUUUUUCUUUUUUUAUUCCGCCGGUGCGGUAUGGACAAGGCGCGAAUAUCGCACUCGCGAGGCCCUCGCGGGGACGUUUUACGAGCCCAUACGCGUAAAUAUAUUAUUAUAUUAUUUACACCGUCGGCGGAGACCAUGUACGAGACGCGUCAUCGCCGCCUCUUUUUGUUUUCAUCGCGAUUUUUUUCACCGAUUCCCCCUUCCCGCGCCGUACCUACCCGUUGCCACUAUACGUCAUAACAAUAUUAUAACCGCUCCCCUGACGCUCGUUCGUCCACCGGCAAAUUUAUACGGUGUGGCGCGGAUUUCGCGACAACGGCGGACGCCUUUGGUGCUUCCCCGCGGACCAUUUCCCCCUCCUCUGCAGUAGAGAUUAUUUUGGUACCGGACCGGGCGGUGCGCGCGGACGAAAUAUAGCCGCCGAAUGCAAUCGGCCGCGGCGGACUGCAUAACACGGCGCGUGGACGUCUCAGUGCUACCGAUAACCCUGCAGCUAUACGCCGUAUAAAGUAUAUAUUAUAAUAUUGCAGCGUACAUGUCGUCGUCCGGUGGUACGGAGACAACGGACGACGGCGCCGCGCCGCCGUACGCGGUAGUCCAGUCACCAGAACUGGGUCGGCACUGGGUGGCCGUUCGGGACAUCGUAGCCGGUGAGGUGCUGCUCGAGGAACGACCGCUCGUCGUCGGCCCCAAGGCUGGCUCGCCACCCGUCUGCCUGACGUGUUACGCACCCACCGCGGGUUACAAGUGUUCGAAGUGUGGAUGGCCGGUGUGCGGGCCGCGGUGCGAAGCGGCGCCCGUGCACCGGGACGCCGAAUGUCCGCUGAUUGACGGCCACUACGAUAGCCGUCGGUCUGCCGCUUACUGCUUCGUGAUGCCGCUCCGGUGCAUGCUGCUGUUGCACCAGCGGGACGGCCGCCGGGCUGCGGAGUUUCGGUCACUACAGUCACACCUGGACGACAGGCUGAACACGCCGCUGUACCGUGCGUACGCUGUCAACGUGGCCGCAUUCGUGUUGGAUCGAUUGGGUCUGCGGUCGGCGGGCUACGGUCAUAAUCACCGGUCCGCUCUUGAGGCGGCCGCCGUGCUGGACACCAACGCGUUCGAGGUGCGACGGCCGGGUGGCCGCAAGUUCCGGGCCGUGUACGGGCGUGCGUCCAUGAUGGCCCACUGUUGUACGCCGAACACUAAACACGUGUUCAUCGGUGACGAGACUGACGGUCAGCCGACCAUCCGAGUGGUGGCCGCGGUACCCAUAGCCCGAGGAUACCCCAUCACGGCCACGUACACGCAGACGCUGUGGUGCACGCGGGACCGACGCCGUCACCUGUCGGCCGCAAAAUGUUUCGAGUGCGCGUGCGCUCGGUGCGCCGAUCCUGUGGAACUGGGUACGCACCUGGGCUCGGUGGCCUGUGGUGGUGGCCAGUGUCCGGGUGGUCGGGCCACAGCCGCGGGCCAAUGGUUGUGCACCACAUGCGGACGACUCGCUACCGACGUCGAAGCGGCCCACGCGCUGCAAACCGUUGGAGCGCUAUCCAAGACCCGUGACUGCGCCGGUUUCGAACGGUUCCUGGAACGGGUCCGUGACGGAACGAUGCCGCCGCUGCACGCCAACCACCACGUCACAGUCGGCGUCAAGUACGCACUGGCCCAACUGUACGCUGAUCGGAUUUCGGAUCUGUCCACAAAACAACUGGAAAACAAUACGGACAUAUGCGAGCAACUGUUGCGGCUGGCCGACGUCCUGGAACCGGGAAUCACGCGAUUCCGGGGCCUACUGCUCUACUACUUGGUGCGCGGUCUUAGACAGCUGAAGAGGAUGAAACACAGACGGAACUACGACGAAAUGAUCAAGAAUUACACUGGAGAAGCAGUCGUCAUUCUGAAAACCGAACCCGAUCUGAUGCAUUUGGUCGAACAGUUACAAUGACGAUGCGAUCCUUGAAAUGUCUAUACUUCGGUCACCGUCAAAUGUUUAUUAUGCCGUAGUACAAUAGCAGUGUUCCAUUUUUGUUAUAAUCGAUAGUUCUUUUUUUGUUUUUGCUAUUAUCGCCAUAAUAAGCCACAUGAGCAACGCUGCAGGGUUUGAACCGUUUGUUCAUAUUAUUCGCAUUGUAUAAAAUAAAUUUCACUGAGACCGCAAUUAAUUUUACGAGUUUACUAACCGUUUCAACCGUAGGUUGUAGGUACACGACGUAAUAUUGCAAUCGAUAUAAUACUAUCAUGUACCUAAUAUUUUAUGUGGUUAAAAUAUUUAUAAAAAAAAAGUUAAAUAUAAAAGGUUCGAAUAAUAUUUACAACAGCAUUUCAUUAUUAUUAUGUACAGAAAAGGUUACGACUUAUAACUAUUAUUUUCAUAGCUAAACCGCAAAAGAACGGAGUAAAAUAUAAUGUAAAAACGAUGUUGUAUUGGUAGCAUUCAUAGUUUGAUGUCUGAAAUGUUCGGUUUUCAUGAGGUUUUUCAAACUUUGUUUUGGCCACCAGUAACCAUUAUCUACAUUAAAAGGAUAAUUAUUUUAACACACGUUAUUGGUUUAAAUGUAAAAUAUUAAUUGUAACGAACUCGACGAAUGAUGAACAGUGAAGAAAUAUAUCCUUUUUGUCUAACAGCUUCUAUGUUGACGUUCUCUCGACAUUAUUUUUUCAAUUAUGAGGAAAGAAUAAAGUGUAACACGACUAGGCAUGUCUAUUAAUUAUAGACUAUAAUAGAGAGGCUAAAUCCUAGAACGGAAAAUGUAAACUUACCUAUUUAUUAAUUUUAAAUGAGAAAAUAACUGAUUAUUUUGUCACGAGUAUUGAAUAUCAAAUACGGAGCAAAUCAAUAGAUUUCAUUGAUUAUUAAUAUAGCAGAAGUACAUUGUUAGUAUUUUGUUUGGUCAUUAAAAUUAAGUACGAAUUUGUGACAUCUGAGGAUUUGAUAAUCGGACACUAAAAAGGUUUUAAAAGUAAGCUCAAAGCAUUAUUUAUUUAUUUCGACCGUUGUUGUCAACACAAAAUCUACAUUUUAUAAAUUAGAAUCACCUAACCAAAUAUAAUGUCGUAAAAUUGGUUUUCAAUUGUGUAUAUUUAUACGCGUGCAAUAAAAUAUUCAUUGUUGUGUUUAUUUAAAGACCGAAUUCGCUCGGCUAGUGAAAAACAGCCAAGAUCGGAUUGUAUAACGAACACUUGCCAACUAUAAUACCGAAGUACAACGCAUGUAUCGAUUUUGCAGCAUUAACAACGUUUUUAAUAAACCGUCUUAAAAUAUAACACUAUUAGCGCACAGCGCCUUUUGAAAAGAAUAUAUUAAUAUAAAUAGA